AUAAAAAUCUGUCAAUUUCAGACUGUUUGAUAGUUUACGGAGAGUAGAAAGUGUUUCUAAAUAGUUAAUUUCUUUUAAGUAAACAAAAUGGAUCUAGCCCGACUACCUAACGACAAGAAAUUACAACUUUGCCGGUGGUAUUUCAAAGUGGGCUGCCUGCUGCUUCCAUUUGUGUGGGCCGUGAAUGCUAUCUGGUUCUUCAAAGAGGCAUUCCUUAAGCCUCCGUAUGAUGAACAGAAACAAAUCAAGAAAUAUGUCCUAAUGAGUGCAGUCGGAGCUAUAGCCUGGGUGGCUGUGUUUGCUGUCUGGAUCACGGUCUUCCAGCUGCAGAGGGUUUCCUGGGGCGCUACAGGCGACGCCCUCUCCUUCAUAGUGCCGCUUGGACGGGCUUAGUGUGAAGUGCAGUGAUAUUAGCGAUGAAGUGAAGUGACAAGUGAACUAUUCUAUAGAGAUUUGUGUACUCAAGAUCAAUUCACGCUGAAACAUGAAGAUUCUGUUAACGCCAGUCGCUAAACGCGUCGCAUUAAAUAUGUAUUUUAUAGCGUAGGCAAUAAAGUUGA